GGUCCCAUGCCUGCAAGUACAGCAGCUGACGAGUUUGGGUUGCUUUGUUUUGUGUGUGUGUGUGUGUUUUCUUUCGAAGCCACCGUCACGUUGUCGGCAGAACGACGAAGACGAAAUAAGCAAUAAAGCGGAAAGAAUAUCCGCCCACAUUUCUUCUCAGCUGAGACUGUUCUGUUUGUGUUUUUGAUUUUUUUUUUCCCCCCCUCGUCAUUUAACGGAAAUGGUGGCGUGCCAAAGACGUUUCUCCAGCGGUAGCGAAACGAGCCGCGGGGCGGCGAAGAGCAAGCGUCGUCCCGGUCCCAGCGCCUCCGCGGCCUCUAAAUGUCUUCCUCGGAGCCCAGGUAUCGACACAUGCACACGUAUAGGUAACUAUGCCUGUGGAGCCUGUGCAGCCAUGACUACAUAGAUGAUUUGGUGUUCAAGAUCUCACAAGCAAAGAACUCCAGAAGCUCCUGAUCGCUGGCUUUUAAGGGCAUCAACUUGCAUCUGGUUGCAUUUCCUGGCUUCUGCAGCUGCUCAGCACUUGCUCACCGCCUCCAUGAGAGGCAGGAUGUUAGUAACUUUUGCAGAACUCUGACCUUACUGAAAGAAACAGCACCACGUUUUAUUACUUUACAUAACCGACUGCGCCUCAAAGAUCUUCGGCCCUUUGAAAGGCUCCUCUACCACCCCCACCCCCGUCCCUCUUUCAUCCCUGCCCAGUACCAUGCUGGGUGCACUCUUUCUGCGGAGGAACAUGUCCCAGAAGCUGAGUGUGCUGCUGCUGGUAUUCGGGUUGGCGUGGGGACUGAUGCUGCUGCGCUACACCGUGCAGCAGCCUCGCCAUCAGACCAGCGCCGAGCUGCGUGAGCAGAUCCUGGAGCUCAGCCGGCGAUACGUCAAGGUCCUGACGGAGGAGAACCAGAACGCUCCGGGGGGCCCACAGGGAACGUCCAUGGCAGGAUAUGCUGACCUCAAAAGGACCAUCGCUGUGUUGCUGGAUGACAUUCUGACACGGCUGGUCAAACUGGAGGGGAGAAUCGAACUGGUGGCGAAUUCCUCUUUAACAAACACAUCCCAUGCAGCGGCGGCGGCAGCAGGGCUUCCCGCUGGCCUGCGGAAAGCUUCCAAGCAGGAGUCACCAGGGAGCCAUCCAGGGAUGUCGCGUCUUCAUCCACACAUCCCUAAGAGACCUUGAUCCCUUUAAGAAGCCCCCCUCCAUCACUGCUCACUGGUGUAUCGGCACCAAGUGAUCAAGUAGCAAUAGAGAUAUUCACAGACACCCAAAAUCCUAAAGUGCUGGAUGUGACAAUUCAGCUCAGUUGGAGAAAGAAAUGAAGGACUUCUUUAUUCUCCUGCAUUUCCUGCGACAUUGAGACUGUCCUGUUCAUAUUUUAUGUUUGCAUUGCAAACAUUCUUUUGCCUUCAUUUCUUUAUUUUAGGGGUUUUUCUUUUAACCCUGCAGCUUUUGAGCUUUUUGACUGUUAAAGUAAAUGCAGAGAAACCAAAACAAACAAGCUGAACAUCUAAUUAGAAAUCUGACACACACACACAAAAAAAAGCCUUAUCUUCAAUAGAGUCACAAGACAAAUACUGAGCUCAAUCUUACACUCAUAAUGAAGAAUGAUUAUAUUUUAGAGUUUUUAGGAGGGACCGAUAAAUAAGAUUGUUAUUUUAGCCUGUGAUUAAGCCUAAAUAAAGUUUGCUCUUAAGAGAUAACCCAAAGAAUACUUUUUACCACUUCGGUCAAGGCAAUAUAAAUGUGUGUGUUUAGCAGUGAGAGUCGGUGUGGAAUGACGGGAGGAUGCCUGUCCGACCACUGUAAGCGUCUGUCCCGAGUGUGUGGGCUUCCCAUAUCUGUUGGAUCCCAGGUGUCGUUUAGAGCCGUUUCAACCGAGGCGGUGCAGAACACUGAAUGUACUGCGUCGUCAGUAGAUCUGUAUUGUCCAGGAUUCAUAUUGCACUGUGAUUACAGAGACUGUCUCAAUACACUUAAGCUCAUCUCACUUGUGCUUUAGAAAUGUUUAAAGGGGAGGGAAUGUUUGUUCCAGUUUUUCUCCUCCUUUAGUUGCUUCUUGUAUUGCCAUUAAACUGGUGAAGCACCUCACCAGUUCACUCAUUCGCAGAUUAUUUCCAUUUUUUUUUUCUUUGAGCACUUAAACUGAGGCUAUUUGGGAGUUUUGUGCGACAAAGUCAAUGUGGAUCAAGAAAACGCUAGAAUUAAAAAAGGCUUUGCUUCAUUAUGUUGCUUGGAAAUGGAACAACUGAGCUCAAGAGGCUUGAAUGACAAAGUGGUGCUUUGACGAUAAUGCUGUGAUUGCUUCAAAAUCUUAAAGUGGAAUAUUAGAUCAGCCAGCCACUUUGAGAACAGUUUCCUCAUAAUUUGAUAGAAACCAAGUGUUUCCUAUUUUGAAUCAGUUUUGAGUCAAAUUUUGUCUCAGAAGCCAAUUAAAGCACUAAUAUGCCUAUUUAUGGUCUGUAACUAAUUUGCAUUUAGAUUUUGCACAGCAAAGGUAUUGCUUCCUGUAAAAGCGAACAUCAAUGGCUUUUGUUGUGAUUUUAUGUGUUGAACCAACACACAGCAGUUCAUAAUUGUAAAGAAAGAUGUUUGGUUUUCAAAUAUUUAAGAAAUAAAAAUCUGACAAUAGUGGCACGCAUUUACAUUUAGUUUCCUGGAUUCCCUUUUGUGACGUUUACAGUCAAAGUAACCUGGUCAGUCUGGGUGGACAGUGUCUUUGAACGUCAAUCGUCUGAUUCUGGAUUUGACUGGACAAGUUUAAUUCACUUCACAAAGGCUUUAUUAAACCCAAAGGGAAAAACUCUUACUAUCCAAAGUUCUUCAAACAGUGUUACUGGUAGGAUCUGUUUUAUUCGGCAUCUCUAUGUCUCUUAUAAACAGCCAAUGUGCUCCAAGACAGUGCUGGUCAUUUUACCUCUUUCCCUUUACAUACUUGACUCUUCUGAGUAUAAGUUGGGACUUUCCCGGGAUUAUGUGUUUUCUAAAAGCCAAUGGAGAUUUUUAAAAUAUUUCAAACCCAGGAGUGGGAUUAUCUCACACUCGUCUUGUGCUCCAGGAAAUUAAGUUGUGUGACUAAAAUAAAUGAAAAUAACCAUCA